GAAGCGACCCACCUGACGCCUUACCAACAACACUCUUCACCACCUGAACAAAAGAUCGUGCUGCCACAGCAAAUUAAACUUCGUAGCUUUUAACACAAGGAGGAAUAACCAACAAUUCCACCAGGAACAGGAAAAGAAUGUGGGAGAGGAGGGAGAGAAGCCAUUCAAUGCAUGUUUCGUAAGGAAGAGAAGUGUAGAAGCAGUGUAUGUUGGAAUUUGGGCAGAGUAGGUGAGUAACUUGAAGUUUGUCUUAUGAAUGGACGAAUAACUCGUGUCACGUGGUGCAAGUAUAACAACUCGGACAAUAAAGAGCAAUAUGCAGGGAAAAUGGAUGAUUUUGUGGUGUUACAGUAGAAUAUAAGGCAAGCAGACAUGGACUUUUCUGUGUCAGCUGACAUAGUUGUGGAGCUCCUUGAGGUUGCUAUCAACCUAAUACUCUACACCAGGGAAAUUUAUCCUCAAUCUGUUUUUCAAAGAAGGAAGAAGUACAGCAUCCCUGUACAGAUGUGUACUCACCCAGGGCUGCGGUCAUACAUUAGCGAGUGUGUGGGCUCAAUUCGUCCUGUUCUGGAGAAGGGUGAGGUAGAAAAAGUUGUUGUGGCAGUGCUAUCAACAGAGGGAGUCCCUGUUGAGAAAUUUGUGUUUGAAAUUGUGCAGCAGCCAACUAAACCUCAUGAUAUCAAGAAAGAUCCACAGUUGUUGCGUAUGGAAGAAGCCUUGAGAGCCUUUUGCCUCAAGUUGAGCAUCAGUGACUCCCUCCUGCAGCCAUUGCCCCCAGGCUGCUCCUUUGCCAUUCAUAUCCACGUUCCUGAACAUGUACCAGGCGCCAUGAGUUCAGGGCCUGAGUAUCAGGAGUUUCCAUGGGUUGAAGCUGAAAAGGAGCAGACCGAAGUUGACGACCCACACAUUGUGCCUCUCAAGACACUGAGGACAGAAGUGUGUCGAAUGCAGCUGUACGUUGAGGAGAGCAGCAAGAAACAAGGCUCGGAUAAAUGAUGUAUUAAGAUAGUUGAUGCAUCGUAACAUAAUGUAUACUCAACAAGGCUAGGAUGACUAUUAUAAGGUGGAGUUGCAUUUGAGAGACUUAGAGUUUACAAUGACUACAUUGUGUUGAGCAGUAUGAAAAGUGUGCUUAUAAAGUGCUGUAUAGGUGAGAUUUAGCUUAAAGCUUUUCAGUGUUCUUCCAUUCAUUUUUGUAAUGAAAUUAGAUUUGAUAUUCCAUUCACCUGGGCUCUAGGAGACUCGAUCCGCGGAUCCCACGUGUGUGAGGCCAAAGUUCUAUUGACCGAGCUGUUGAGGAGUCAUAAUAAGGAAAGUUUCCAGAAGCAACAUCCUGCUGCCAAUCUGGAAUUUAUAUGACGCAGACAUGGAUCACUAAUUGCUCUGAGAUUCAGUAGUAGUCAGGGGAAAGUCGAAGAUUCCAGUUUGUCAGCACGAUGUUGCUUUUGUAAACUUUCCUUAUUAAGACUACUCAACAGCUCGGUCGAUAGAGCUUCAGCCUCACACACGUGGGGUCGAUGGAUCGAGUCUCUUAGAGCCCAGGUGAAUGGAAUGUUUAUUUCCACAGAAGUGUGGAUGACAAUUUUUAGAUUUGAUAUAUAGUAUUUAGGGUCCUUUUAUAUAACGAAUGGUGCUCAUAUAAUUCAAGUCUUCCCAUUUAUAUUGAUAACAUUGUUCAAUGAAAUUGAAUUAGAGAACAUUGUAUUUAUUUGUAUAUUUAUUUAUUCAGUACCCCACCAUGUGCUCCGAAUUUCAGAGAAAUAAAUAUUUAUGUAA